CUUAGGCCCUGUCCAUAUGCCAUCGAGAUGCUUUUCUUUGCUUCGUCGUUAGUAGACGUUACGUCUAGCGUAGCUAUCUUCAUCCCUUGUGCGUAGCGAAUGAAACAGACACGACGCACAAGCAAGGCAAAGCGAAAUCGAUGUGCAUCAACACACCAGUCAGCCUGAGCUGAGUUCAACCAGUGCAGUCUGGCAUGAUUUACUCCAACGGUACAUAAUAAUAUCACUCACUGACCGACUCUGUCCUAACUGACCUAAGACUAAGUCCUUCACUGCUCUCGGAUCUGUCAGAAUCUGCAGAAUCCAGCACCUGCAAACUGAACUGCAAAAAUCUUAUCCGUAGAUUCUGCGAGCUUCGAAGUCACGUCGUUCCCGAUUUAGCGCUGUCUUGUGUCCCGGCCUGUUUCUGGACUGUUGCUCGAACGGAGUCGAAGCAUCACUCGUCAGUAAAACCGACGCAUCAUGGGCAUGGCGUCGAGGAAUCGAGUGGUAUUCAUUUCGCUCUUGGUGGUCUCAUGUACUUUGCAAUCGCAGGCAUCCCCACUGGCACUGGGUCCUGGAGACGAACACCAUCAUCAGAAGGAACGCACGCCCGCAGCAGCAGCAGCAGCAGCUGGAUCUGACGACUUGCACUAUCUACGACUGGCUGGUAUCGACUCCACAUGCCAACAGGCCGAUCUGAGUCUGAGACGUGUGAGUGCCGGAGUGGGCGAUGAGGCCGAUGCCGAUGAAGGGCACGGCGGGCGAGCAGUGCGCGCCGCGUGCAACGCCGACCCGGAGUGCCUGGGUUACAACAACAGGGGCGUACUGAAACAGCGGCUGCACCCCGAGUGCCUCACCAAACAGCACGGUUCGGUGCUGUAUAGAAAGACACGGCAUCGGAAGACUAUUGGCCUUUCGCCAGUAGUGCCCAUUGUGCCUCUACCGGAAUCGUGGCAUGUGGACACAGGGAAUUCCGUACUGCAGGGUGAUUUCAAUGUGACUACGACGUCGACAGACCCGGACGUGCGGCAGUUCAUUGAUGAUGCCGUGGAGCGCUACUGGGGACUGGUCGUCACACACCGCAGCUCACCGCCAUCUUUCACCGGUGGUUUAACAGCGCUGGAGAUCGCCGUCUCGUCCAAUAGCUUGGCCCUGGGCCUCGGUACGGACGAGUCUUAUGAGCUCAUCGUGCCGAGCGAGGGCACUGCCCGACUGACGGCCGCUACCGUGUUCGGUGUGGUGCACGGCAUGGAGACGCUGAGCCAGUUAAUACAGUAUGACUACCUGACCGGUGUCUAUCACAUUGUCAACACGCCGCUGCUGGUCACGGACAAGCCGCGGUUCGCGCACCGCGGCAUUCUGCUGGACACGUCGCGGCACUAUCACAGCGUUGGCAUGCUGAAGCGCUUUCUGGACUCGAUGAGCCACGCCAAGCUGAACGUGUUCCACUGGCACAUCGUGGACAUCCAGUCGUUUCCCAUGCAGUUCCGCACCCUGCCCAAGCUGGUGCAGGGCGCGUUCACGCCGCACGAGGUCUACACGCCCGGUGACGUGAUGGAGAUCGUGCGCUACGCCAGGGCGCGCGCCAUCCGCGUCGUUCCCGAGUUCGACACGCCCGGCCACGCCGCGUCCUGGUGCGUUGGCUACCCAAAUGUUUGCCCGUCGCCGAGCUGCACCACGCCGCUGAACCCAGCCACCAACGAUACGUUUGAUCUGAUCUCGACGCUGAUCACAGAGAGCAAGGGUCUGUGGCCGGACGACUACAUGCACCUGGGAGGGGAUGAGGUGCGUGCAAACUGCUGGGAAUCCGUACCGGCCGUGGCUAACUGGCUUAAAGAAAAGAACUACACGACCGAUGAUGCAUAUGGGUACUUUGUAAAGCGUACUCACGCACUGGCCCGCUCGCUCGGCCGCAAGAGCAUCCACUGGGAGGAGGUGUUCAACCAUUUCGGUGGCGCGCUCGACAAGGACACCAUCUUCCAGGUGUGGCUUAGUCAUAAGACCGCUGCCAAGAUUGUGGCCGAAGGCUAUCAGUGCAUCCUGAGCAACUCGGACACCUGGUAUCUGCCGCAUCUGAGCGUUAGCUGGGAGAAAAUGUACAUGAACGAUCCCUUCAUGGGAAUCACUGAUCCGAAGCAGCAGAAGCUGAUGCUGGGCGGUGAGGCAUGUAUGUGGGGAGAGACAGUAGAUGAUUCGGACCUCUUCAAUACAGUGUGGCCGCGUGCAGCAGCAGUCGCAGAGCGCCUUUGGAGCCCUGUGUGGGCCAACUCCACCGGCAGCUUCCUGCCCCGACUUGUGAGGUUCCGUUGCCUACUCAACAUGCGUGGCUAUGGAGCAGCGGCUGUGCAUAACGACCUAGCCAGGUCCGCUCCUCCGGGGCCAGGCAGCUGUGAAUUUCAAUGACACAUCACAACUGUACGAACAUCAUACAUCACUUCGAAAUCUUAGCCAGGCGUCAAAUUUACAGUCGAAACUUCUGUUGCCAAUCACAAUGGGCUGAGAGGAUUGAACUUACUUCUUUACAAUGUCGUGUGCAUGUCAAGUACUGGCUUCAAUAUACAAUGGGGCAAAGCUGAAACAGUGGAUACGGAAAUUCUGUUUCUCUCAAUCACCUGGAUUUCGUUUUGCGAAACACACGCCAGACAGUCCGUUACAUCGCUUGAAUACAAUCGAACACAAUCUCCCGUUAUCACUUUUAAAGUGGCACAGUACGUGCAUGCUCUUUAGCCACACUUUACUUUCAGCCAUGCAUGUAAGGCUGUAGGGCCUGUAUUGGCCGCAGUCUCAGAUCCGUUAGCGUUUGGUCGGAUCCAGAUACCGGUACGUACGAGUCGUAGGGUCUACGAUGCUCUACUUCCGUAUUUGUAUUCAUCGAUUGGUCAGAUCUGGAUCCAGAUCCACCAGAUUUGGACCCGGGCAACCCUGCCCCGGGAGCAAGGUUGACUGGAUCCAACGGAUUCGUUUUGCCAGAACAAGGGUUUGCGUGUUCA